UUGUUUCGUUUGCAAUAUGAUAUAGAAGAACUCCAACAACAUGGGGCGAGUCACCCACGAGCAAAGCAAUACACCAACUAUUACGUACAAGCAAACCCUAGAAAUUUGGGCACAUGACAUUUUCCAUACUCAGGCACUAGAAGGUUCGGAAAACGCAAGUCCUCACAGCCAAGAUGACGACAAUGUCAAUUGCCCAGGGCAUUGACACUCUGUAAUUAUACCGAAUGGAUAAUUAUUCUAUAAAACAAUCCUCAAAGCUUAACGUCACGCAUACAAAUUGAGACUAAAUUAUGCAUGUCUACACAUGGUCACGGCGUUGAAGUCGUCAAAAAGUUUGAGCCUAACAGGAAAGCAAAGAGGAAACUCCAUGGAAAUCAACAACCUUUCUGGCCAAGUAAUUAGUUAAACAUACCUAAUCCCCCUUUUAUUUUUAUAUAUACACACAUAAUUAUCUUCAACCUUCUUCAAAAUCCUUCAAAGUAGCUUCAUAGAUAUCUUUCUGGUCUCUAUAUCCUCACAAUUUCUCGGAGAGCUUGACGACCCAAAGAACCCAGCAACAUGUCUCUUAGGCCGCGAACCACAUCCUCCACCAAGCAAUUAUCCAUACCUGAGGUAUCCGCACAAAGUUCUAGCUCGACUACGAGCAACGAUAACAGUAACAACGUGCAGCCUGAGACUCCAAAAUCCCCAUCAAGACCACCCACCUUGUCUCAACGUGCAAUCUCGCAAACCCUAACAAGCACAGCCAACCUAGCCAACCUUCUUCCUACAGGAACCCUCUUAGCCUUCCAGCUUCUCACCCCAUUCUUUACCAACAACGGUGCUUGUGAUUCUGCCACACGCCCAAUGACUCUAAUCCUCCUUGCUCUUCUCGCCCUUUCUUGUUUUCUUGCUUCCUUCACGGAUAGCGUGAGGUCACCAACGGAUGGAAGAGUUUACUAUGGUCUUGCAAGCUUUAAAGGGAUGUAUCUGUUUGACUGCCCUGAUCCUGCUGCUUCAGGCUUGGUUGAUCUGAGCAAGUUCAAGAUGAGGUUCAUCGACGUGGUUCACGCAGUUUUAUCAGUGCUCGUGUUUAUUUCUGUGGCUCUGAGGGACAAGAAUGUUUUGAGCUGCUUUUAUCCUAUGCCUAAACAUGAGACUCAGGAGGUUUUGAGUAUUGUCCCAGUUGGGGUUGGUCUCAUCUGCAGCUUGUUGUUUGUGGUUUUCCCUACCAGAAGGCAUGGGAGCGGCUACCCCGUCGUGCAAGGCAAAUAAUUGCAGCUAGUCCUUUGUAUCAUAUGAUCUCUUCAAUUUAAUUUGUAAUAUUUCUUAGAUUUCUUUUUUUGCUAUUAUUCUUUUUUUAAAAAAAAAAUAAUUGUUGUUGAACAUUCACUUGCAUUAUUUUAAUUUUUAC